UUUGUAAGAAAAGUAACUUUAGUAGUUGUCUAGCACAUUAUGUUUAAAAAUAUAGAAACGGCUCUCAAAUGGCAAAAGAAUAUCCGAUUUUGAAGUAAUAAACUUAACUCUAUUGCCACUAUCAGGAUUGCAAGCAAAUCUGACAGAUGAGGAUGCAUUUUUAAUGCCACCACCCCCACUACCACCAGCAAUACCUUUAGGGUUUUCUCCAGAUGCUCAAAUGUUAGAUGAUGCUAUAUUGAGAUCUUUUGGCACGCGUCAUUCAUCUACGCCAAUAAACCCAUUUCAUCCACGGCUGACCGCCAUAAGUGAAGAGCAGCGUGCUUUGCAGCCUCUCGGGCGCAUACUGGAGCUGCCAGAAGAUGAAGAACUACAAGCUACACCUGUGUCCACGCGUGAUUGGACGUCUAUAUUUCGUCCACGCGAGACGUUUAUAAACUAUCAAGAGACGCCUCAGCGUCAGUCGCGGCGUAGACGUCGCCGCAGAGUAGCAACAGCAGAAAUAGCCGCUGGCACUAGUGGGGCAGCAACAGUUUCAGCGCAGCCACCAGCUGAGGCACCUGCAGGGCCACGGAGCAGUCAAGAGAUUGUAAGCGAGUUUGUGGCAUCGCUGGUGCAGUCUACUUUGGAUUCCAUGCAGCAGCCAGAAACUCCACAGCUGCCGCCAGCUGCAAAGCCAGAGCCACAGUCCGCGGCUGAUUCUCAACUACCACCGAUUGAGCCUUCAAUGCCAACGGAACUUACAAUGCCACCGGAGUUACAAGCAAUGUCCUAUGAUAUGCUAUGUCAAGAUCAGUCUUUCAUGAACAUGUCCUUAAAUGAGCGGCCCAAACAAGCUGUGGUUACCUCUAUGGACAUUAUAUGUGCAGUUAAUUGUGUUGGUCAGGGCGCAUCAUUGAACUCCGCCAAUAAAAACAACAGCACCAGCAGUUUUAAUACCAGACAGGUCUCGCAAUCUGCUGCCAUCACCAUGGAGAUGCAUCAACAGGAGCACGAACAACGCCUUUAUAGGCAGAGUCUUGAUGAUUUGGGUUUUAUAAUGGAGCACAAGGAUAUGCUGCGUAUCAUGGUCGAUCAUCAAAAGCAGCUAAGCGAUAAGCAACAAGCGUUGUUUCCAGUGCGUGAGAAACAGAUUGAAAUUGAAGGCGGAAUAGCUCAGCAAUGUACUACAAUGCCUGCUCUUUAUACCUACGAUCCGGCUAUAAUAUUGCAAAUGUCUGAUAUGAAACGUCGCGUGGCGCAUGGACUGAUACAUGCCUUGAUCACGUUGCCCGUAGUAAACAUCAGUUCAAUGUCGUUUAUUACAACACGUGCGGAAGCAGCAGAAGCUUAUCGCUUGCUCUUUGAGCUCUCGGGGGUCGGCAUUGUAAAGCUUAGCCAGGAUGCGAAAUCGGCUUCUUUGUGUUGAGCUCUCACUCUCUUUUUCAGCUUAAUUUUGACUGGCUGUUCAAUAUUUUAUAUACA